AGAAAGAGAGAGAGAGAGGGAGCAGGAGGAAGGAAACACACUUGGACUCAGAUUUCACCAGCAGGACCUGACAAAGUCCCAAGAUGUCGAAGAAGGGGGACUACAACCCUGCAAAGAUCAAUAAGACCCAGGUCAGUGAGCUGGCUCUGGUCAUCGCUCGUAUGCAGAAGAAUGCUGAUCAGGUAGAGAAGAAUAUCCUGCGAGCCGAGCAGCUGCUGGAUUCGGACAAAGAGAACGAUGCAAAGAACAAGCAGCUCGUCCACCAGAAGGAGGCUGCAGACAACCUGGCGCAGGCCGAGGUGCUGCUGAAGGACCUGUUCAUGGACGUGUCCAAAGCCCGGAAGCUGAAGCAUCCGCAGGCUGGAGAGAUAGAGAGAGACGUGAACAACCUGCACAGCCGCUGGGUGAAGGACUGCGCCACGUUCAGGGAUCUCUACGAACAGGUCCAAGACUUGGACGUCUCACAGAAGAUCGGCUGGGGUCCUCUGCUCCAGGAGAAACAGAACAAGUUGAAGUCGCAGCCGUACGGACCCAAACUGUCUGACGUAGAGAAGCAGGUGGCAGAGCACAACAUCCUGCACCAAGAGAUCAAGGCUUACAGCAAGCAGCUGCAGCCCAGCACCACAACCAAGGAGGAGUACGCUGCCCUCAAAGAGAAAUAUGCUGAACUCCUUGAAAGCUCACAGCGCCGGCACGACUUCCUGGCCUCUUUGUACGAGUACAUGCAGAGCUGCAGCAAGGAGCUGGUCUACCUGUCAGGCCAGCAGGARCGGAUCCUCCAGAGAGACUGGAGUGACCUGAUGGUUGACCCCUCGGGCAUUCGCAUGGAGUAUGAGAAAUUCAAAACCAACGGACUGAUAGCACACGAGCGGGAGGUCAACCAGCUCCAGGUGGAAGGAGACCGUCUGAUCGAAGCGGAACAUCCCGGCAGCGCAACCAUCGAGAUACACAGAGAUACCGUACAGAUGGAGUGGCAAGCCUUCCUGAACUUGUGUCUGGCACAGGAAGUCCACCUGAACAACGUCGACAUUUACAAGAAGUUUCAGCUGGACGCAGAAACUUUGUCCGAGUCUUUGGAGAGACUCAGUUCCACUCUGGACCCAAAGUCCCUGAACAACAAGAGCAACCCAGAGGUUCUGAUCGCACUGGAGGGAGAUGAACCGGCUGUAAAAAGGAACGAGCAGCGCCUGGAYGCCCUCAGGGGGCUCAGCACAAGCAUCGCUCCUCUGAAGCUGCGCAGAACCCAGCCCACCAAACCCAUCAAGGUGGUGUCCCUGUGCGACUGGGUGGAGGGAGAGGAAGCAGUGGAGCGAGACGAGACGCUACGACUGAAGUCCUUCUCUAACGAUCAGAAGUGGACACUUGAGGACAAAAAUGGACAGAUCAGGACCCUUCCUGGGGCUUGUUUUGAGAUCCCACCACCUGAUGCUGAGGUGCURCAGACAGUUAACAGCCUGGACAAGAAGCUGGCAGACCUGAAGAAGCGUAGAUCAGGACUGAUGGACUCCCUGAAGAGCCCUGCCGUGGAGGUAGUUAAGCCUCAGAAGGCAGCGGUUAUUCAAAGCUCCCCAGAAGACCCCAAAGCUGCAGGUUUCCUUGGUGACAUAGAUCAGAUUAACAAAGCCCUGGACAAGACUGAAAAAGACAUUCUGAACAGAAUCAGGACACCGCUGAAUAACCGCAGCCCCAUGCAAGACCUGGAGACCAGACAGCAGGACCAUGAGAAAUCUGCUCUGACAGUCAGAAAGCUGGARUCAGAGAAGUCUGCCAUCCAAAGAGAGAUGGAUCCCAUGCUGGCCAAGAAACCUCUGGGUCCCACAGCCUCCACCGUGGCGCUCAAACUCAGCRCUGCUGACAACAAGAUCCACAACAUCACCACUCUGAUUGAUCUUUAUAAUAAAAAAGCUUUAGCCUCCAUGUUCCUGGAGAAGCAGAUAAAAAAAGUUGAUGGUUUUGUUUCGGGGUUUGAGGACAAACUUUCCAAAGAUGGAGUCAUCCCUAACGAAGAAAACGCUCUUCAGACUCGCAUCCAGAACUUACAGGCGAUGCAAAAGGAGUCGYUGUCAAAGAAAGACGAGCUGAAUAAAUUAGGUAAAGAACUGGAUCUGGCACAACAAGCCUGCAGCUCUCUGCAGCAGAGCGCCAACGAGUUCUGCCCGGACAUCCGCCGGCAGGAGAGCAAGGUGAAACAACUGAAGAACCGGGACACAAAUGUUAAUAAUCAGAUCCAAGAGAGGUUGGCUCUUCUAAAGAAAGGAAACAAUAAAGUUCAAGAAUUUGAAAGUACUGUACAGUCACUGGACUUUUUCUUGGUCAAUUUGCCGAAUAACUCGGUCAAACCCACCGAUGGUCUGGCAGAAAUAUCAGCCAAGGAGAAAUCUCAGAGGAGAGUGGUGGAAGACAUUGAGAAGAGAUCUGCUAGUUUAAACCAAGUUCAGAACCUGUCCAAAGAUCUGCAAAGCACUUUAAAUGAGUAUGAGACCAAGUCCAACAUUUAUCGCGAGGCUCUGAAUUAUGAGGAUGAAGAAGAUGAUGACAACAAGACACCAGUUAAAACUCCACCUCUGGUUAAGGAAGUACAGAAAAUGGAGAAAGCUGUACUGAACCAUUUCUCUGAGGUUUCUGCUGAAAACAACCAGCGGCUCCGUCAGCUGGAGACAGCAAAGAACAUUAAGGCCAGGAAUGACGAGAAAGUCAGUCAGGUUGUUGUCAGUCAGCAGCUUCAGCUUCAAAGCCAACAGAAGGACAUGGAGGUAGUUGAUAGUCUGAAAAAGGAACUAAGCGAAGAGGCUAACAGGCGCAUGCUUGCUGAGAAAAACCUGGAAAACUUCAGCAAGAGGUUUUUGUCUCUGAAGAGUAGAAGAGGAGUGGAGAGGUUGGAGGAGAAGGAGGUGGUGCAGUACUACCGUGACCCCAAACUGGAAGCGGAGCUCCAGUUGCUGAAAUCUCGCAUCCACGAAGAAGAGCUGAAGAGAUCAAGAAUGCAGUCUGAGAUUGAAAUGCUAAGCGAGAGGAUCAUAUCAAUAGAGUUACAGUUGACCAGAGUCGAACCUAAACUGAUCACCAAAGUGCUCACUGAAUACGAGAGGGACCCCCAGCUGGAUAAAGAAGCAACCAAGAUUAUAGAUGAGUUGGAGAGGAUUCGGCUCGAGCUCCAAACCAGAGACUCGGAAACGGUUCAAGUGAAAACCGAGCUCACGGUUCUGUCACAGCAGAAACAAAAGAUUAGGGAGAAGGUCGUCAAGAAGGAAGUGGUGAGACUCGAAAAAGACCCGGAGAUGCUGAAAGCCGUUCUUACAUUCCAGGGAGACAUCUCAGAGGAGGAGUUAAGGUGUAAGUCCCUGAACGAGAUUAUUUUUAGCACAAGGAGCCACAUAAACAAUCUGGAGAGGGUCAUUCCCACCAUCGAACCCAAGAUUGUCACCAAGGUUUUGAAGCAAGUGCAGCAAGAUCCAGAACUGCUCGAGGAAUCAAAGAGGCUAAAAAUAGCCUUGGAAGAGGAGAGAGAUGAGAAUGUUAUCCUAUUAAAGGACCUGACCACACUUCAGUUACGUUACAGUGAACUGGAGCAGCUCAAACCGAAAGUGGAGGUCAAGGAGAUUGUCAACGAGAUCUACAGAAUUGAUCCAGACACUGAAGUUGAGCUGGUCCGUUUGAAGAAAGAGCUGCAGGAUUCAGGCCGGAAUCGCCUCACCCUGGAGAAAGAGAUAAGCACCGUGAUGACAACGCUGACCACUCUGCGCACCCAGAAGCCCAAAGUGGAGUACAAGGAGGUGACCCAGGAGGUGAUCAAAGAAGAGAAAAGCCCAGAGGUCACGAGGGAGCUACAAAGGCUGACCAACCAAGUCUCCCGUCUGCAAGUCAACUAUGACACCACCCUAGAGCUGCUGAUACGUUUACGUAAGGAAAGAGACGAGCUGAAAGCUGAAAAAUCCAAAGUGGAGACACAGCUUGUGACAAAAGAGGUUGUCAAGUAUGAGAACGAUCCUCUUCUGGAGAAAGAAGCUGACAGGCUUCGAAGGAACGUUAGGGAGGAGAUCCACCAACGUCGCACCGUGGAGGAAUGUCUCUUUGAGCUGCAGAACCAGUAUAUUACCCUCGAGAGGCAGAGGCCAGAGGAAAAGAUUGUGAUGCAGGAAGUGGUUCGUCUCCAGAAGGACCCCAAGCAGAUCCAGGAGCAUGAAAAGUUAAACAAGAACCUGGAUGAUGAAAUGAAGAUGCGCAGAAAGUUGGAGUUAGAGGUCAGGCAGCUGAGGGCAAGGAUCGAGGAAAAAGAGAGAAGCCUGGCGGAGAUGGACGAACGCCAGAGGAAGAUCCAAGUGGAAUCUGAGCUUAGGCAGAUCAAAAAUCGCAUCCUCGAGCUGGAGAGCACUCCGCCGCCYGUUGAGGAAAAGAUAAUCAUCGAAGAGGUCCUGAAAGUGGAGCGGGACCCUAAGCUGGAGAAACUCACUGACAGCAUACGUGCCGAAUUAGAGACAGAGAGCACAAACUUCAGCCACAUAGAAAGAGAAAUUCGAAACCUUAAGAUCAAACUGGAAAUCCUUCAAAAGGAGAAGUCGAUUGAGAAGGUUGUUUACAGAGAAGUUGUUCGUGUUGAGAAAGACCCAGCAGUGGAAGCUGAGAGGGACCGUCUCAGAGAGUUGUUAGCUCAGGAGAGAAAUCUCCGGCAAAUGCAGGAAAACAGCAAUCAGAAAAUAAGCAUCCAAAUCAAGCACCUGGAGACCUCAAAGUCUGCAACCUCUCAAGAAGAGACAACGCUGAUCUCCCAAAGAGAUGCCCUACAAAGAGAGAAGGAUGACCUCUACAAACAGCUCAGAUCGCUAGAGUCAGAAAGACAAAGCAUUAGUAUAACCUUCCAGCAGCAGUCCAAGCUAAUGAGUGAGAGGAACCAGCUGGCACGGCAAAGAAGUCUCAAAACAACCACUGAGAUACAGCGGCUGGAGAAGGAGAUCCUUAACGAGAAGGACAGAAUACACCAGAGGGACACGCUCAUUGCAGAGCUGCAGAAUGGCAUCAAGAAAGAGGAUCACUCUGAAACUCACACCAGAGAAACUAAUCUCUCCACGAGAAUAACCAUCCUGGAUCCAGAGACCGGUAAAGACUUGUCUCCCUACGAUGCUUACGUACAAGGAGUGAUAGAUCGAAACAACUACCUCCAGCUGUCGCGGCUGGAGUGCGACUGGGAGGAAAUCACCUCAACCGGUCCAGAGGGGGACUCCACAAUUCUGCAAGAUCGAAAAAGUGGGAAGCAGUACUCCGUCAAGGAUGCGCUAAAGGAAGGACGCUUGACUGAGAGCGACGUGAGCCGCUACAGGCAAGGGAAAAUGCCAAUUUCUGAGUUUGCCCUCCUUGUCGCGGGGGAAAGAAGGGAGUCGUACAUUCCCUCAGUAACUCCAAAAUCUCCUGUCAAAGCCGUUCCGAGCUCCCCUAUGAACUCAAUGCCUUCACCUCUGAGGUCCUCCUACAGCGGCCUGAACAGCAACCUGAGCUCUAGCCUCAGCGGCAGUUCAAACAGCCUUCUUGCCUCAUCGGGCGAUGAACUUUUCCCAAUCUCUGGCGUAUUUGACACCACUACCGAAAGCCGCAUGUCUGUGAGGAGCGCUCUCACCCGCAAGCUCAUUGAUGCAGACACAGCACUGAAACUGCUGGAGGCCCAAGCAGCCUCUGGUGGGAUUGUGGAUAUUGGUAAAAAGGACAAGCUAUCUGUCCACAAAGCAUCCGAGAGCGGCCUCAUCGACUCAGGCCACAUGUAUAAAUUGCUGAAUGCACAGAAAGCCUUCACCGGAGUCGAGGACCCAGUGACAAAAGAGCGUCUUGCUGUGGGACAGGCAGCACAGAAAGGGUACAUUACCCAAGAAAAUGCCAAGAGGUUCAUGGAGGCGCAGUACCUGACCGGUGGUUUGGUGGAUCCCAACAAAGCAGGCCGCCUAACUGUUGAAGAGGCCCUCGCUGCUAAAAUGAUCGACAGCACCACCGCAACUGAGCUGAAAAAUGAGGCUUCUCAYACAAAAGGGUUGGUUGACCCGAUCACUAAAGAGAAGAUAACCUACAAGCAGGCCAUGGAUCGGUGCCGGAGAGACGCCACCACAGGGCUCCUUCUGCUUCCUGUAGCCUCCACCAAUGUUUCCAAUGCCCCGUCAUACUCAAACUAUCGCUUCUAAGAACUCUUUGCCUUUGUUUGCUACAGCCAGAGGUGCUACACUAUAAAAAAUAUGUUCAAAAACAUUUAAUGGUAAAAAUUAUGUGAAUCUACAUUUUCUCUCAAAUGCUUUUGGUUUGCUUAAAAAAACAGGGAGGGGGGACGGUGUAAUUUUUGUUUUACAUGAUAAUUUUUUUUUGUUUUGUCAAGUUGAGUUGUUCAAGUGUCAAAUAAACUCCACAAGUUUUA